CCACGUGCGCUGCCUCAUUUCUCCACUCAGUGGCUGCGGUAAACUCCGGCUGCCUGCUCCUCGACCUCACCGCUGCGCUGAGGCGCUACACUGAGGCUCUGAGGCAUUUCUGCGCUCAGACAUUGAGGCUUUGACUCCGUGAGCUCUGCGCUCCUUCACAGCCCCGCCGAGGCGGACAGGGCACGAGAGCCAGAGCGAGCGAGCGAGCGAGCGCGCGCGCGUCAGUAGCGUCCGCGCGCGGAGAGAGUGAGAGACAGAGCGCUGGGGAGGGGGGAGAGGAGGAAGAAGAAGGAGGAGGAGGAGAAGAAGAAGGAGAAGUAGAACAAGGAGAAGGGAGGAGAGGAACACGGAGGAGAAGGAGAAGAAGAAGAAGAAGAAGAAAGGGGAAGAGAAAAAAAGGAAGAAGAGCGCUGCCUUUUCUUUACAAGCACUGCGCGUUCAGCCCUCUCCAGCACGCGGGCGGACACCAAGAUGAUCGGACAGCUCGUGUGCCUGCUCGGCUUGCUCAUCAGCAGCGGUGAAGGUGUCCUCCAGGUGUCCAUCUCUCUGAAGAAGGUGGAACUGAGUGUGGGAGAGUCCAAGUUCUUUACCUGCACAGCGAUUGGCGAGCCGGUGAGUCUGGAGUGGUAUAAUCCUCAGGGUGAGCGUAUGGUGCCAUCUUCACGUGUUGCUCUGCACAAUGAAGGCGUGCGCUCCAGGCUCACUCUCUAUAAUGCCAACGUAGAGGACGCUGGCAUCUACCGCUGCCAGGCCACUGAUGCACAAGGACAGACACAGGAGGCAACUGUAGUGCUGGAGAUCUACCAGAAGCUAACCUUCAGGGACGUGCCGUCACCUCAGGAGUUUCGUCAGGGUGAUGUGGCUGAAGUGGUGUGUGAUGUCACCAGCUCUCCUGUGCCAGUGGUUGCGUGGUACUACAACAACAUUGAGAUCACUGAGGACACAGAGAAGUUCCAGCUCCUGCCUAACAACAACCUGCAGGUCCAACGAGUGACUAAAGCAGAUGAGGGUAUAUACCGCUGUGAGGCCAGAGUGGAAGCCAGGGGUGAGAUUGACUUCAGGGACAUCAUCCUGGUAGUCAAUGUUCCACCAGUGUUGUCUGUGCCUCAGCUGUCCUUCAAUGCAACAGCAGACUACGGCGAAUCUGUGACAUUUACUUGCAGAGCUUAUGGCUCUCCUGAACCAGAUGUUACCUGGCACAGGAAGGGAGUGGAGCUCCAGGAGUCAGAACAGUAUGUAAUGAGGGCACGAGGUACCACCCUUACCAUCCGGAACAUUAAACAAGAUGAUGGCGGCUCCUACACCUGCAAAGCCUCCAACAAGGCAGGGGAAAUGCAGCAGGAGAUCUUUCUGAAAGUAUUUGUCCAGCCUCAUAUCACUAAGCUGAGGAAUGUGACAGCAGUGGAGGGCAGUGCUGCUAUGAUCUCCUGUAAGGCUGAGGGUGAACCACUGCCUGAGAUUUCCUGGAGGAGAGCCAGUGAUGGACACAGCUUUUCAGAUGGAGACAAGAGUCCAGACGGGCGUGUGGAGGUGCGUGGGCGUCAUGGUGAGUCUAUGCUUACCAUCGUAGGUGUGGGGUUGUCUGAUUGGGGCCGUUUUGACUGUGAGGCUCUCAGCAGGAUUGGAGGACAUCAGAAGAGCAUGUUCCUGGAUAUUGAGUAUGCACCUAAGUUCCAGACCAAUCACACAAUCUUUUUCUCAUGGGAGGGAAAUCCGGUCAACAUUAGCUGUGAUGUCAUGUCCAACCCGCCAGCUACCAUGCUGUGGAGACGGGAGAAGCUGACCAUUCCUACAGAAGGCACGGCCAACAUGCGCGUGCAUAACGCCCCUGGCAGGUCCCUACUGGAGGUCACUCCCAUGUCAGACCGGGAUUUUGGCCGCUACAACUGUACAGCCAGAAAUAACAUUGGUAUGCGCUUCCAAGAGUUCAUCUUGGCUCAGGCAGACGUUCCCUCAAAUCCCUACUCUGUGCGCCUCAGCUCUGUGGCCCAGCGCACAGCUACAGUUACCUUCAUGAAGCCAGACUCCCAUGGUGGCGUUCCGAUUGACCAUUACCUGGUCAGAUACAAGGACAUCAGCUCACACGACUGGAGGGAUGUCAAAUCACAUGGAACACAGACGGUAGUGCUGCUCACUAACCUUGAGCCCAACACUACUUAUGAGGUACGAGUGGCAGCCGUGAAUGGAAAAGGCCAAGGCGAGUUCAGCCGCACAGAGAGCUUUCAGACACUGCCCAUCCGAGAGCCAAGUCCUCCUUCAGUGCAAGGCCAGAGGGGAGUGGGGAAAGCCUACAGGCUUGGCUUGGUCAAACAGGACGAUGGAGGAAUGCCAAUCCUGGAGUACAUCAUAAAAUACAAAACAGACAAAGAGGAACAGUGGAUGACUAAGCUGGUUCCUGGCAUGAAUGACUUUGUGCUGCUACAGCCUCUCCAGUGGAACACACAGUAUGAAGUGGAGAUCACCGCCCGCAAUGUCAAAGGCCUGUCUGAGCCCACCUUUGUCAAAUUCUCCAUGCCACAGAAACCAGAUAUCACAGAUCAGUGUUGUGACCCCCCUGCAACUGGACAUGGACACCCCCCCCUGCAUCCUGUCCAAGCCGUGGCAUUCAUUGGAGCCACACUCUCACUUGCCUUGCAUUUGUGUGUGUGUUGAUGUCACUCCAUCACUCCACCUUGCCUGGGAACAGGCCCAAAGACGUAAACAGGGACUAUAUACCUGCUCCCCUUUCACCCUGCCAAUGAGCAUCGCCCCCAGGGGCAGCUUACUGACUCUUAGCUAUGUCAGCUCAUUGCACCUGUCAGUCUCCAGCAGAUUUUCCCCCUGAGUCACUGAUAGGACUGACUGACCUGCACUGCCUCAGAGCCAAAUGCUCUUCCUUCACCAUCUUGUACACCUGGGACCUUCAGAAUAAAGGUGAAAGGUUUUUGGGGCGAUGCCAUAAAAGAAUGACCUUUAUGGAUGAUUCUUUAUCCGAAUACAUCAGUGUGUCUGAUACAUAUGUAAUUAUCAGUGAUAAUGGAACCAAAAUAUAGAUGCUUUUACUUGUACUUUUUAAAAGAACAGAGAACAUAUUGACUCAAAACACAUUGGUUUAUAUUCCAACAUGCAAAGCUACAAAUCUGGGAGUGUGAAAGAUGAAAUUGACAUUUUAAAGCAAAGUGGCAUCUUUUUGGCUAAAAUGAUGGGGUUGUUUGAGUUUGCAGGGUAAAGUGUGUGCUGUUUCCUGAACAUAACUCUUCGUCAGUGUGUCGUUUGAUCUGAAACCUGCCCUGAUUUCUUUUGUAGCAUAUUAACAACAGGGUGUUCAGCAGUAGAUCAAUUUCAUUUAGUUCUUUUGUUGUUUGAAGUAUACUGCCAGCUCAAGCCAGUCAGUGCCCCACAUCUUUGGAUAGCUCAUUGUGCUUGAAGUGGAAUACUAAUUGGCAAUUCUGUUAACAGUUGCCCAUAUUGUGUAUUGCACUGCAUUGAGUAACUGUAAUGGAGGUGGGAUCACUGGAUAUAAAACUCAUGAUCUCCUAAUGACAAGGCAACUGUACUAAAGUAUUUGUUUGAAAGAACAUUCCACUCACUUGAGGGAACAAAAAGUAGUUCUUUUAUGGCAAGGCAGCCCAAUCUUGGUCCUGGAGAUCUUCCACCCUGCACAGUUUAGAUCCAGGACAACUGGCUCCAAUAUUCUCCUCACGGCCUUCAUAAGCCAUGUCUCAAAGCCAAGGAUGCAACCAAAGAAGGCUGUAUUUCACACCCAAUAUGUCUCUGAAAGCUGUUCUGUUUUGUAGAAUCCUUCUAAUGCAGCCAAGAAAUGCAUCCUUCAUUUCAGAGAAAUCACCAGGCACAACCAAUAUAUUCUUCUAAACUUUCAGUCAUCCACAAUCCUUCACACGUAAAGCAAAACAGUUUGAGAAAAGCGGAAACAAUUGUGAAUGGCGAGAUGCUGUGGCAUAAGAUUAUUACAUGUUUUUAAGACUCAGACAUGUCAUGGUGGUUUAAGUCAUUAAGACAUGAUGUGUCUGUACAGUCUGCUGAGACCACCGUGAAUGUGUGAACCAGUACUGAAGUGAAGAGGAGCUUUGGAUAGCAGUGCUCAAAAUGUCUCUGCACCGCCUAGUAUCUGGAUCAGGUGUAUUAGAUUAGGGUUGGAGCUAAAUUCUGCUGGGACCAGAGUGAAGUGGAGAUCUCUGAGACCAGGAUUGAGCAGCCCUGUUCUGUGGCAUCUAUCCAGAAAACACUUGCAGCAAAUGGUCUCCCAUUGCACUGAAAAAGCCCAAAUCAUAACUGUUUUGUCUGUAAAUGCAGUAUUACCUCUAGCCUUGGGCUACAACUGCAGUGUUAAAUUUGUGCUGAACUCUUGUGCUAAUGUGCAUCACACACACACAUACAGCUACAGAUUUGAGGACUUUGGUACUACCUGAUAUCCCGCCACUGCUGUUUGUGCACGUUGGCUUAGUUUGUUUAUUGUUUUUCAUGACUGUGGAAACUGCCAGCAGUUGUAUCGCUUGACUGCGUGUAUUUAAUGAUGUUGCAGAUUCAUGCACACACACAGAUACAGCACAGCUCUCAUUAAGCGGCGUCAAGUAGGAUUUCAAGUACAUCUGACUUUUACACACUGGUCUCAUAAAUCACACAGGGCCUUUUUCUUUCUGCUCUUAAUAAGUUUUACAUUAACCAGGGUCUUUCCCUCUUAUAAUAUCAAAAUGUAAUGGUGUACAAAUUGGUUUUCAUCCUCUGUGCGUAGCAUUAGCUGGGGGACAGACGGUGUUCCGUGCUGAUGAGAAAUACGAGGAUCACUGGAAUUACCCACUUUCCAUGGAUGAGAACAUUUGUCUGCAUUUACCUUAAUCAAGUGUGUCUCUGCUUAGAGGUUAUAAUGGUUUAAGAACAGGAGAAUAACCUAACCAUCAUUUCUUAGCCAUAUUACAAUGACACUAACUGUGCAUGUGUUUAUCUGUAAAGCGGUGGAAAUGGGCAAUUCUAUCUUCUAUCUAUGAAUUCAUGUUGAUAUUUUGUUUAUAUCACCGUAGUUUUCACUAAUGCAGAUUUGCAAACUGAUCAACAUGAUUUAAAGGGCCAUUAGGUCCUCAUAGUCAAUGGAAUGUAGCUUAUUUAUUGCUCAUAAUAAAGACUACAUUCAAGUUCAAGACUUUUAA